GAUUUCCGCCUGUCCCGGAAGUGCUGAGGGACAAGGCAGGAGGGGAGAUGGCGGAGGAGGAAGAUGAGUUACUCGGGGAGCGGUUACUUUUCCUGCCGGAUCGCCAUGUGCGCUAUUUCCAGCGGAGCCUGCAGGCUCUCCCCGAGCAGUAUGCCUCCCUGGAGACCAGCAGGUUAACUAUCGCAUUUUUUGCACUGUCUGGGCUGGACAUGUUGGAUUCGUUGCAUGUGUUGGACAAGGAUGAGAUCAUUGAAUGGAUAUAUUCCCUCCAAGUCCUUCCCACUGAAGAAAAAUCAAAUUUAAGUCAAUGUGGAUUUCGGGGCUCAUCAUGUUUGGGAUUACCUUUCAACCCAUCAAAGGGCCAUGGAAUCUAUCACCCUUAUGAUAGCGGACACAUAGCAAUGACAUACACAGCUCUAUGUAGCUUGCUGAUACUUGGAGAUGACUUGAGCCUGGUGAAUAAAGAAGCAUGUCUUGCAGGGCUGAGGGCCCUUCAGCUUCAGGAUGGAAGUUUCUGUGCAGUACCUGAGGGCAGCGAGAAUGACAUGAGGUUUGUGUACUGUGCUUCCUGCAUUUGCUACAUACUUAAUGACUGGUCAGGAAUGAAUAUGGAGAAAUCUAUUGAGUACAUUAGAAGAAGCAUGUCAUAUGAAAAUGCACUGGGUCAAGGAGCUGGUCUGGAAGCUCAUGGUGGUUCCACAUUUUGCGGAAUUGCUUCUCUUUGUCUCAUGGGAAAGCUUGAAGAUGUAUUUUCUGAGAAAGAAUUAAACAGAAUACGAAGAUGGUGUAUCUUGAGGCAACAAAAUGGUUUCCAUGGGAGACCCAAUAAACCAGUUGACACCUGUUACUCCUUUUGGGUGGGAGCAACUUUAAUGCUGUUGAAUAUCUUCAACUACACAAAUUUUGAGAAAAACAGAAAUUUUAUCCUUUCUACCCAGGACCGCCUUGUUGGAGGUUUUGCUAAAUGGCCAGAUAGUCACCCAGAUGCCUUGCAUGCAUAUUUUGGGAUCUGUGGCCUUUCGCUGAUGGGAGAGUCUGGCAUUAAUGAAAUCCACCCAGCACUGAAUGUAAGCUUAAAAACUUAUAAACAUCUUCAGCAGCUCCAUGAAGCCUGGAAAGCCAAGAAAUGUGAAAAGAGUUCAAACCAUCUCAGCAGUGACUGAUAUACAGCUACAUUGUGUUAAGUUGGAGAAUCAUAGCUCUUAUUCUAAGCCAUGUAUUAACCAAGUGAGCUUCUUUUGUACUGGAGUAAUUGGAUCAAAGUGUCUUUGGUCAGUAACACUGUAUUCUAAAAGUACAUUCAACCACUUCUGUACGCUAAUGGAAAAAAAUGUUGGCCCUUGUAACUUUUAAGUGCUAAUUAUGCAGUAACCAAUAGCAGACAAUCUGAAACUUGUACCAGUCUGACUUUGAAUUCUGAUUGGUUGCUGAGCUUAACCAUUUGCAAUUAAGAAAAUGAACUCUAUUUAAUAGAACUGAUAAUUUAAUGAGUUAUUUUAAGGUAAUUACUUUCAUUAGAAAAAUAGCUUAACCUUGGUCUUCAAAAUGAAAGCAAUGACUUAUUAAGAAAUGAGGGUAUUUUUACUACAUUUGUCCUGUGUGAUGCACAUUGAAUUCUGUUAUCUGUUUGUUUGUACCGUCAGUAUUACUAGUUUAUUCAGUCGGAGAAUACACAAUGACCUGGAGUCUGCAGAGAAACCGUAAUGAUUGGUGAGUGAUGUGAAAGCUAGAAAAGAAGAACGCAUCUAAGCUCUAUUGCCACUUAUAUACCUAUAUGGCACAAUCGUGAUACAAUUUAAAACAAAUAAUUGCCCAGGAAAAUCAAGAUUGAUAAAAAAGUGGUCUAUAGUCAUGUGAAAAUGUAAGCAAUUCAGACUUUUUGAACCCAUCUGAAAAGGCAAAUAUUAGAUCUUAAUUCAAACAGUGCUUGUAUGAUGAUAUGCUUAAAUAUCAAGGGAACUUGCUUUUUUAAUUAUUCAACAACCAUAUCAAUAUAUUAAUGGUGUACUGUGGGAAAAGCAAAUACACCCUUGGCCUCAGACGCUUGACCACUUCACCAUACAAAAUGUUUGUGGAUUUUCUUGAAUGAACUGCCCCUUUCAAAUCCCUCACAACAUUUGAAUGGGAUUCAAAUUGGGGCUUUGACUAGACAAUUCACCAUUUCUUCUUGUUUGAGCCAUUCUUUGGUGGAUUUGGUAGUGUUUUAGAUAAUUAUUGUGUUGAAAGAUCCAUUUCUGGUUCAACUUCAGCCUUUCUCAUCAUACACAUUUUAUUAUGAUGCAGAAUUCAUAUUGGCUAAUAACUCUUAUCUUUCAUGCACCCAUGAGUCUACAGCACAUCUAUCCAUUAAAUCUGGUCUUUGCCUAUAUGUUCAACAUUACAAUCUGUAGUCUUGCUCUAAUGUUCUUUUUGAGCAGCAAAAACUUUUUCCUGAUACACCACCCAUGCAAGGUUGAAUUGGUGCAAUUUCUUAUUGUAGAUGCAUGCACUUUGCACUUUUACAACGCCUAUACCUGCACAUCCCAUGAUUAAAUUUUGGAAUUCUUGGACGUUUUAGAAUCCUACACUCAGCUUUUGAACAAAAUUUGUGGGUCAGCCAGUGCCGGACGAAUUACCAGUUGUUUGAAAUCUUGCACAAUUUGUUGAAUAACGUCUUUUACAGUGGAAUGUUUGAUUUCAAAUAGUUUGGCAAUUUUGAAUCCUUUGCCAGACUAGGGUAUCGAUUACGGUAUCUUUUGAGGGCUUCAGAGAGCUCUUUUGAUCUUGAUAAAACAACACAACACACCAACACCUGAAUACUGUGUCCCUAAUGGAGGUUCUAAAUAUUGGCAUCUAAUCUAGAACAUGGAAGUUUAAGGGUUGAUAAAUGUAGGUGUAUACCCAACUUUUUCCAUGUACCAAAUUGAGUUUUCAUUAUUUCAAUUAGAUUAUGAGAAUGUAUACAGCAUGUCAGUUUUUUAUCUGCAUUCACUGUGAUGAAGAUCUAAUAUUUGUUUGUUCAAAAACGUAAAAAUUCCCAAGUGGUGUACUUUUUAACACAGCUGUAUGCAUAGUAACAGGUAUAGGCACAAACCAUUUUGGUCUGAUCUGGUCCUAGACUGUAUAUUAAGUGCUCUCAUUAUGUUAAAAGACAAACAGUGAUUAUUUAUGUUUAAUAAUUUCAGCAGCUUUUCUUUUUUUUAAGGUUUUAUCAUAAUGUCAGGGUCCUUGAAAUGUACAUUCUGACAAUGAAGUAUUCUAUAACUUUGGGACCUUGAGACAUUUUAUCGAAUAGCUGCUUGUGUCAGAUGUUUAGGGCACUGAGAUUGCCUUAGGAAAUAGAGGGGUUCCAGCAGGAACCACUCAAGUGCUUUUUGUAACCCGUCUGCAUCAGAAAAUUUCAUUUAGAAUUGAACUGUCCACUGAAGGCAUAUCCCUCACCUUUCCAUCCAUAUAGAGUGUGUGUAAUGUAAUAUAUACACACACUGUCCAAAAGCCUCAGUAGAAAGAACUGUUGCAGCAUCGAUCAUGAAAUCGCCAUACAUCAUGUCCUGAAUACCCCAAAUGUCUCAGUGUAGAACCUCCACUGUCUGGUGAAAGCAGUUUUGCAUGUUUGACAUAGGAAUACCAUAUACAGGGCUACACAACAAUUUAUGUCCACGUUUCUCGCACAGUAUUGCCUAGUACUGACCACAGAAUGUGUGCUUUUUGCUGCAGUAAAAAAUAUUAUUUAACCAAA